AUUUACCGUGGGAAUUUAUGCUAUGUUACAAAUUUGGCUUGGUUGCCUCGACAAUUGGCAGACGCCGUUAACGUUAUCUACAAACGAAUUCACGCGACACACGAACCUCGACGAGAGAGCUGGCCGUUUAUCACCUGGUCCACAUAUACACGGCCACACGUCUAUACGGAGAACCUCUGUACGCUCGAUACGCUCUUUACGCAUUUGUACGUUGAUACACCAGGAACGGCCAGCCACGACCGCCACAUACAUACACCAGCAUACGCCAGUAUCACUAAAAACGCCCCCCAAAAGAACGAGCUUUGAUGAAAAAGCGCCUGCGAUAAAAGAGAAACACAUUUGUACAGUUGUUUCCAAUGGCUGCGGUGCUGUCUAAUAUGGAGACCGCUGAGAAUUGGGAUGAUGAUUUCGAGUUUCAAGCUCAAAGUCAACAGAAUACGCAGAAUACAAACGGUGGUAAUGAUAGUCGAAACAAGAAAAACAGGAAUAAAAACAAAAGUCCACCUCAUUCACCUCACACACCUUACUCUCGUCGUACGCGUAAUCCAUCUUCACCUUCUUCUCCAUCGAAACCCCGGAUCUCCAUGUCAACCACGGGCUCACAAGUGACGAUGGAAGCGGAAGAUUGGGAUUUGGCAACCCCUGCGCAUACACCUGUCCAUUCGAGGAAUUCUUCGCAUAGUUACUCGAACCAACAGCACCAGCAGAAAGCCAAGACAUGGGCUGAAGCAGGUCCAUCGACACCUACACGACGUCUCGUGAGCUCUGGCUCUGGUUCACUUCGGGAAACAGAGACAACGACGACAACAACAACAACAACGGAGAAUUGGGAUGAAGAUUUCGAGGAUCGAGUUGAUUCUCCUCCUCGGUCUCCCCGUUCUCCUGGGUCACCUGGAUCUCCUAGGGGAAAGGAGAGGAAAGACGGGAAAGAGAGAAGGAAGAGUUCUACGACUACGACGACUACGAGGAAAACUACCACUACAGAAAACUGGGACGAUGAAUUCCAAUUCGGUGAUUCGCCUGCACGGUCGAUGCGGCAUCGACACCCGCAGUAUUCUGUUCACCAACAUCCUUUCAAUGGAGAAGAGGACUCUGACGAUGAUGAUGAAGCAGACUUCCACUUCCACGGGUCAGACAAAGAUGAAGAUGAUAGAACUGUUACUGCGAGGUCACGUAGAGCCGCGUUAUCCAGGCUCGUGUCAAACUCCUCCUCAUCGUCACCACCACCUCCGGUUCCACCUUUACCGUUUUCCCUUUUGCCCGUACCGCCACAGCACUCUGCUUCUUCCGACCAUGACCACGAACACGUAUUCCCGCACUCCCCGACUACGUCUGUAUUCUCCGUCCCCACGUCUCAUUCGGGCGGAACAGACAAAGAUAGAGACUCCAUUGCAGCUCCCUCGCAUUAUUCAUACGGUUCGUACAAUUCCACGACAUAUCUGCGUCCGACUGUCUCCCGUUCUUCUGCCGGAGGCGGAGGGUUAAGUCACCUCCCUCCGAGCCCACCGAUUCAUAAAGAACGCGAGCGGAGACGGUUGAGGAAGAAGAGUCGGCCGCAAGAGCCACAGGGACCUGUGUUAUCUACUGCGAUGAAUACCAUGAACAGCAUGAAUGUAAGCAGAGAGGGUAUGGUUCACAUGAUGGUGAAUUCGAGCAGAGAAAGCAUAGGGAAUACUGGAGUGAAUGGACGUCCUGUCACACCGCUAUCUCUUAGGUCAAUGAGGUCGCUGAGUCCGCCUGCAAUAGGAACAGCAUCGACAACAUCGAAUAGGAAUAGUGUGAUGAGUGCCAGUGAUGAUGGGAAUACUAGUUCUGGGUUGGGCCAUUCCAAAUCGAAUGUGGAAUCCGGACUCCCAUCACUCUCUAAUCUUCCCAGUCUCCCUUCAUCUCCACCACCGCACCAAUCCCAUUCCCAAGCACAAGGAACCCCAGCACAAAAAACUCCACUCCUAACUCGUAUCGGGAGCGUUAAGAAGAAAUGGGCUGUGCGAAAGAAGAGAGCAAGUUCGGCACCGAGUGAGGUUGAGGUUGAGGGAACUGGGUUUGGGAUGGAGGAGGACCAACAUCAGCAACAACAACCUUCGAGCUCGAGGGCAAAUUGGUUUUUUCGUGCUACGAGUGGAAAUGGGAGUGCCAAUACCAAUACCAAUUCAAAUUCCAAGAUCAUGGAGGACGAGUACAGCACCAAGUACGAUGCGCAUCAGACGCCUAAAGCGUCACGGACCAACGUGUACAACACCUCUAGUAUCAAUCCUCUAGAUAUCCCUCCUUCGAUGCCCUCCACUCCCGCGACUCCCACAACACCAUCGAAAUUAAUGAAACGCAAGAGUUUUGGGUUCGUUCAGUUGAGACCGAGAAAUAAACCGAUAAACGACGUUGAUACAGGGAAUGUUGUUGGGAUUCUCGAGUCACGUGGCCAUGUUCCUCCGCCUCCUCCUCGGAAUCCCAACCGCCCCAAGAAACAUUCCAUCAACCCAUCAUCGUCCGGUGGUGGUCAUGCAGGUAGUUCAACGUCCGACCUUCCGUCAGAUCUGGAAGCGGAAUUGCAUCUGCGCGCGGGUCUCGGUGGUGGAAGCCUCAGUUCUUCGUCAGGUGAUUUGCAUGUUGGAGAGACAGGUAUACGGCCCUCCCAGUCGAGACAUGCGUCGUACGGUGGGUUAGGGCUAGGGAGGGCUCCUCAGGGUAGUUCAGAGAACUUGGAUAGAGAUGGAGGUGGAGAUGGAAAAGCAAGAAGUAGACGGAGAUCGUUCUCAAAAUCAUCUGCGAUGAGUAGCCAUAGUGGGAGUCAAAUUCGUAAGAGGUCGAAAAGCCGAGAGACCAAACGCGGGACCCUUAGGGAGGAUAGCGCCGUGCAAGAAAGCAGUGAAAGUAAGGAAGCUGGUAACAGGAGCUUCAUGGGCUCCGUUCGGCGGAUAUCGUUCAUUGGGAGUUCGAGAAAGCAGGGGAACGGGGAUCAAGCUAACCAAGAAAAACAGCAUAAACAUAAACGGACAAAGAGCGGUGUUUCUUUGGCCUCGUUGGCGAGUGUUGCGAUUGGGGAUAGUGGCGGGACUAUCCGAAAAUCGUUUGACAUCGACCUACAUUCACACGACGAAGACGACGAUCCACGUCCACCUCCAAUGCCCCAUCAAAAACUAUCCCAGAAUCAACCUACCCAGGCACUUCUUCCACCGAUUGAACUGCUCCCGCCUUCACCGCCGCAGCGUGAGUCUCGAGAUCCUACAAAAUCUAAUGCUACCACUACCACUACCGCCAAUAAUAAUCCUACUAUUGCUAACACUACCACUAACCAUUUGAACUCUCACACAAAGCCUGCUUCCGUAUCUCCCGUAUCUCCUCUCACUGCCUCCCUAGGGAGGUCGACGGUCGCUCCUUCGAUUGGCGGGAAGACGAUUGGUGGUGUUUCCUCUGGACUUUCUAACCUGACCUCCUCCACGAGCAUGCCCGCUACCUCUGCCUCGUCGAACGUUCCCCGGCGCAAUUCUUUGGGCGACAUGCGGAACUCCUCUCCUGGGGACAUGCGAAAUUCUUUGGGCGGGUUAAAGAUCCCUGCACGAAUCAGUCAAGCCCAGGUGGGUCUGAAAAGGGACUUGGGGAUGGUUAAGGAGUUUGCUGGGAGGGUUGAACAACUAAAAACCCUACAAACGACGUAUCACAACCUUGUUGCGGAGGUGCAGGGGAUACUUGAUGCUCAGCAUGCUGUUGCUCAUGCUGCUCAGAGUCAGCACGUACAAUACGCUCCUCGUCCGGUGUCCCGUCCAGCGUCUCCGUCCCCGUUAGGUCCUUCUGCUUUAUCUCCGUCAGCUACCUCAGCACCAUCACCAUUGGGUCCUUCGUCUACCUCACCUUCCCUGCCUUCCUCUCCCUCCUCGCCCUCUUCUCCUUCAUCGAAAAACAUUUUCCGUCCCUUAUCCAGGAUCAGAUCGAACACGGCUAGUACGGUGUUGCCCUCUUCAUAUAUUGAGGCUUCGUCUUCUUCGUCCUCGUUGGCGUCUCUAUCUUCUCCCUCCGCCUACAUGGGUACCUUAGACCCUACGCCCACACGCCACCAUGAAGACACAUCCAAUGCAAACACAGAUCGCGGAGACUCGUACAAACAUCUCGCGGCGGCGUUUUAUACCAUCAACUCGCGGUAUAAGAUCGCCUGGGAGUGCGCGGAGCUGCUGAUUGAGCUUGGAGGUGGGCCGGUUGGCGAAAACGGUAGUAGUAGUGGUGGUAGUGGAGAUGGCAACGUAGGGGGCAAGAGCGGUGCUGAAUCUGUACCGAAUUCUCCUCCUCCACAUGGGAGUGGAGGCGCUGGGUUUCCGGGGUCUCAAGGGCAGGGACACCCGUCGACGAGUAUUUCUGCGCCUGUUGCGCUCGCUUUUGGCACAUCACAACUAGUGCAAGGGAGUCAAGCGAAGAAGAGCAGGGAACGAGCGAUCACGUUGUCUGGGGAUGAAGCGUCGUCGAAGCCUGGGACGCCGACGCCUGGAAUAGGGAUGGGUGAAAGGAACUAUACAGGAUCUUAUUCGUCGUCUACGUACACUACAUAUAGCUCUACUGCUACCUCUGCUCCUUCUAUGACCACUCACAUUACUACCCAUGCCAUUGCUUCCACGGUACCUACUCCAAACAUGGCCUGGAGAGCCUCAACCGGACGUCACGACCUCAACCAGCGCCAGCUGUUGUUGUUACGCGAGAUGCUGAAUAAUGAAGGAGGGUCGGGUUUUGUUUCUGGUGGUGAGGGGUUUAGUGGUGGAACUAUGCAGCCUGGAGGCGGGACAGUACAUCCUUCUCAGCUUGGACAACAUCCGCGUUUUGAUGAUACUCAUCAUCCCAACUAUCCCUCAUCUUAUCAAACCUCCCGUGAACAAUCGCAACAUUCUUCCCCUGUGGUCACUACGCCUCCUGCUCUCCCUACUUCCACCACUUAUACCCACACUCCCCAUACUCAUACUCAUACUCAUCCUUCUGUACCUGCACUAGAAGAAGAACAACAAGUCAACAGGGAAUGGCGCUGGGGCGACGGCAACCACGGGAUGAACAACACCAAUAAUAGCACCAUCACCCUUCCCUCGGCUCCUUCAGAGGAGAGUAGUUCCAUGCCCAGUUCUGGGUUUGGAUUAGGAGGUGCAAGAAGAGUAAGAGGAAUAGGGGAGGGCAGCGGCGAUGCUGUGAAUAAGAAAAGAAAAAGCAGUAGGCUGCGAGGGAUGAGCGGAUUGAGAGAUAUGUUGAGGUCUUUGACCAGGAGUCAAAACCAAAGUGUCCCCAGUACGAUGAAUGGCAUGGGUGCGGUCCCCAAUGGAAUGGCGCCACCCUCAACGACGUCGUUUAGCACAGAGUCGUCUUCUGUGGACCAUCAUAACCAACAGUAUCAACAUAGGUAUCCGCAUGGUAUAGUUCCUGGAUUACCUCAUCCCUUAGGGUUAGGCGCGGGAGCCGGCCCCGCUCAAGGACCUGGAGGAAUAGGCUCAGCUUACACCACCUCCGGCCGACGAAGGGCAAAGACUAGCUCAGGUCCUGAUGCUAAGAGCUCCGUACAUGAGCGGGACCAAGAGAAAGAGAAAGACGGGAGAUCGACGUCUCCGUACAUGCGUUCUACGUCCCCUUACACAACGUCCUCGCUUUCUGUAAAGGCGUCCCCGAGGAGACCGUCGUUAGCGUCGAUUUUUCGAAUCGGGGGGAGGGAUGGGAAGGAGGCAAAGGAAACGAGAGAUGGGAAAGCCCCUCCUCCAUCGUCAGCAACCUCAUCCACUAUGCCUUCGGCAGCGGCUUCGGCUUCUUCGGCAUCACCUUCGUUGUCCGUCCCAAGUCCUGUCUCACCGAAUAACGCGCAUAAGAGGGAAAGUACCGGCAAGACUAGCGGCACCAGUGGGAGCGAUGAAGAAGAUUGGGAUAGGUUGGAGGAAUAUCCUGAUGGUAUCAACACACAUCACGCUCAUAACCAUGCGUCUAAUUAUUCGUCUAACACAUCCACCACGAUCCGUGGUCGGUCCCCGUAUUCGCACCACGAUGGUUCUCUGCCUCCGGUACCUCCGUUACCGACAAAUGCAUUACAGGCAAGUGGUUCACAGACGUCGUUGUCGUUGUCGUCGGGUUUGGGUUUGUCAGGAACGAGUGUAGGUGUCCCUGGUGUCCCCGCGCGGGCAACACGUUUGUCGAAUGUCGAAGAGAAUGAACAUCCCGAGUAUCCUUCUGACUCCCAGAAUGACCAUCCGGACAACCACAGGGCGUCCAAGACGUCUCUAUUGAACCGUACCAGAUCUGGGUCUGGGACAAGCAGCCCAGUUCAAUCAGCCCAAUUUAAGACAAUCACCUGGGGGAACAAGAACCUGACUGGCUCAGUGCGUUCGAUGCCUCCUCAGAUGCCGCAGGCGUUGGCCCCGGAUUCAGACGCUCUGACAACGAGUCGGUCGAGGUUUUCGUAUAAUCCCCAAUUCAGUCACAACAGCGAGGGUGUUCCUCAUAUUCCGAGUGGCGCGUCAACCCAACAACAUACCAAACUAGCAAUGACACCGGAAAACAUCAAGCCCCUGCUGGAGAACGCGAACGAGGUGUAUGCAAGGUUAGGAGAGUGUAUUGGGGAGAUUAGGGGGUUAGUUGGGGGAUUGGUGUAA